UUCAUCACCUAAUCUAUGUAUAUAGUGGAGAAUUAGCAGUUUUUCAACGAUAGGAAGCACUUCAUGACUUCUCUUAGGCUUUGAAGAACUGCCAUCAUCACUACUUUUGGAAUUUUGGUGCCAUUAUUGAGUAUAAUUAACCCGUAAAUGGUCCAAAUGUAUACAUACGUUCUCUCCCGUAGUGCCCCAACUUUUUUGAGGGAAAAAAAAUUGUUUUUUAAUAGGAAAAAAGAGCAUAUGGUACCCAGGCAUCCCCAAUUAUUUUAAUAUGGUGCACAGUGAGUGCACACACCCAUUCUCUCAUGUCUAGGCGACUCAGGUUUAUCGUGGCAAUGUUGAAUGUAUGACAAAAAAAAAACAUAUAUACGUUUGGGGCACUAGUGAUAAAAACAUAUAUAUACGUUUGGACCAUUUACGGGUUAAGGGUUAUUUUUGGGCCGGAGUAAACUGCGGAUGACUGAAACUGCAGAAACCAGACCCACGGAUACGAUGGUAGUACUGUACUUGCAUGUUGUUUUGAUGACUAUUUAAAGUUAUUUGUACACUUUCAUUGAUAAAUCUUAGAGAAUUGCAAAGAAUAUAUUUUGCAAUACAGAAGAUAAGGGACCGUGUACUACCAAAAGUAUGUUGCUACUGCCUCAUCGGUAAAUUACUUUAAAAUUAUACUCCUCUACACAAUUUUUUUAAAUUAGUUAAUUUAAAAAUCUUGGUAUAUAAACUUUUUGAUUAAGAAUUCCCCAGAGAAAGUUUAUUAUUUUUUAUAUGAUUCCAUGUAUAUAUUGUGAUUAAUUUUAAGUAGGACAGACUAGAAAAAAAGCUAGAUUAGAAACACAAAUGGGUCAUUAGGUUUUCAUUUAAAACCUCUUGUCUCCAUUCAUUCCUAUCUGCUUGCUCAAACAAGCCUCCUGGAUGCUCAAGUCCCUAAAUUUUAAAGCGUUUGUGCCCUUCCUUCGAAAUGUUCCUCACAUGACCCCUACUACUUUCCACUCCAGAUUUAUUCACCAUUUUUGUUGUCUUACACCUCUCCAUCCACUAAAUGGCUAAACCACCACCUCAGCAACCCCUCAUCCCUUUGAAUUAAAACAGAAAUUCUUUAUAUGAGCAUAAUGCAUCACUUAAUUUAUGGAAACAAUUUUUUUUUUUCUUAAAUAAUAUAUCAUUUGUUUAUUUGUGGGAAUAUUCAUUCCUCAGGAGGGCAAGUUAGCAGUAGGGGAAUUUUUAAAUGCUGCAAAAUUCCAGAAGUUUAUAGUUGCAGUUUUAUGUUGAUUAAAUUAGAUCUUAGUGUUUUUUACAAGGAGGUAGUGUUGAGACUGAAGCUUGUGAAUACCACCAGUGGAAUUUAUUCUAAUAGCCUCUGUAUGUGGAGUUGGCAUUAAUUUUAUUUUAAAUGUCAUAUGUUGUGUUCACACAUAGAGUAUAUGCUGCAUAGCCUAACUUUUAUAUUACUGUCUCAAUAGCUGUGCCAAGUCUUACGCAAUUCAUUAUCAUGGUUGUAAAGAGGCGGGCUGAACACAAGUAGCAUUACAUGGGAAUUCAUUACAUUUAAGGGAUAACUUAAUGUGUUCUGCCCAUACUGGGAUAAAUGGUAGCAACAAAGGUGUAUGUCACCUUUGGCGUUGUGAAAUAGCUGUAGAUAGAAGACGUUUUUGCGAGGUGGUAGUGGUUAGAGGUGUUUUGAGAUUUCAUGUCUCUAUGGAGGACAGGCUCUGACACUGUUUUGCCUUCAUAGUUUUACAUCUAACUCAAAAUUUUUAGAUGAAAAUGGAUAAUGUUUUAGAGCGUCCUGGGCCAGUAUUAAGUAGUGACUUGAUAAUGGUCCACAGUAGACUGAAACUUCUAGUUUGGGCUACAAUUUGUGGGUCAGUUGUGAAUUGUUUCACCCAUGAUAUUGUGGCUAUAUUAUAAUCCAUAUGAGAGACACUGUACUUUGGUAUAAUUACAGUUAAUGACUACUUAUUGUAUGUAAUAGUUUAUUAUUCAUUAUUUUCAAAGUUUGCAUUUUUUAGUUAGAUAUGCAGAUCAUGUAAUAUUUAAUUUGGAGACAGAUUUUACAUACAAGCCAUGCAGUUUAACUGGAUGAUAAAUGUUUUCAGUUUGAUCUUAUUUCAGAAUAUCUUUGUUAUAUAAUAAUUGAGUUCAUACAGGGUUUAUUCAUUAGUUAUUGAGCAACUUGGUACUUCUAUCUGGUCAUAAUAUUGUAUAAAAUUCUCUGUCAUUGACUUUCUUACUACUGUGUAUGUUAGAGCAUAUCCAUCUUCACCCCCAUCUCUCCAUAAAACAUUCUUCUGUUCAACAUAAAUAAGGACCCCAAAAUAGGGAAAAAAAAUCAUUGCUACAAUUAACCUACUAAAUUUGUUCAUUAGUUACCCAACACUUUUAAAUAUUAUGCUGAUACUCUUUUAGUGACAUGUUUUAGUGACAAUUUUGUGUAAGCAAUGAGAUUAUUCAACAGUUGUACUUCAUACAGUAUUCACUGGGUGAUGUUCUCUUAAUGUCAGCCCACUUCCCAUUUCCAUAAAGUGUUUUGCUGUAUAAUCAGAAUGACCAAGUGAACCUUAAUCAUGCAUCUGUAAUCCAUUUGUAUUAUUAAGAGGAUAAAUUAUCACUGUAGCUCACUAGCAUAUAAGCAGAGGAUUUUGUAACACAGAAGAUAUUCUCAACUUGUGAUGCUGAAGAUGUAAUGACUCGACUUCAGUGAUAAUAGUGGCAGCUAAUGUAGUAAAAGACCUCGGGGAUAGGGAUCCAAAACAAAGAAUAAAGAGAGGUAGAGGUGGAGAGCAGAAGAACGGAUGUGACCAGCAACCUGUCAUCACUGUGGUACCCGAGGCUAACAUUUUAUGGAGUCCACUUCUUUGUGGGGCGGGGGAGGGUGGGGUGAUAUUGAAGUCACCUUGAUGUGGGUAGGUAUGUGUUUUGUUUUAAUACUCCACCCCGCACCCUCACCCCACCCCUGUCGUCAUCCCUACCACUGGUAUGAGCUGGUCACAGGUUUAAUUGAACAAACUAUCUUCAAAUUACUUUCGGCAUUUUUAUGUAAGUAUUUUUUGUUGUUGUUUUAGUCAAGUCUUGGAGUGCUGUAACAUUUACUACGCUUUAACAUCUUUAGCUCAAAAUUCUAUCUGUUUUUAGACAUAUGAAUAUUUUAGCAUAAUACAUACGAAUUUUUGUAUUUAAGGGUUUUUAUUCUAAUAUUUUAUGCUACUUUUUUAUAAUUAAAAAAAGACAUGAAAUGUCCAACGUUACGUGAGACCUGGAAGAGAGAAAAACUUAAGAAUGACUAGCUUGUUCACUUUUUAUUAAGAAAUAUUGGCUGUCAAGGACCGGGCCGCGGGGUCAUUGACCCCUGGAACACCCUCCAGGUAUACAUCCGCAUUUAUACAGCCCUCUUUUCUAUACGAGAUAUUUACCUCUACUAUGUCAUUCCAUCAAGUAAUUAUGUAUCAGCCUGAGCUGGGAGGCUUCAGUAGGACAGUUAGAUUUAUUACCGUUAUAACCAAGCAUUAAAAACCCGCAAGGAUCUUAUAGCAAUUUGAGAUGUCUACCCUUUUGAUCAGAUCUCUCCUCCCAUUUCUCAGGCGCUGCAUAUGUUGUGUUUAGUGCGUCAUAGAUAAUACGUGAACGUAAAAAGUUUUCAUCCAGGAAGAGUAGUCACUUUCUUAUGGGUAUUACUAUUUUGGAUAGUAUAUAUGCUAAUGGAGAUGAUGAGCAUGUUAUCAUUAGUAGAUUUAUAAGACUUCGUAAACGAAAGCCGUAGGCUGCGAUUGAUCGUGAAUAAAAUUAAGCCGUAGACUGCAUUAUGUAGUAUUCUAUAUAAUGUAGCCUACGGUUUAAUGUUAUUGAUUAAAUAUUUGCAAAUAGAAAGGGCAAGUUAAUAUAAUCUACCUCGUAUAAAGCCAGUGUUAUUGACACAUCUCGCCGGCAUAAUUGGUUUAUUAACAAGUGUAUGUAACAGUAAUUCUAGCGUAUGCACACAUGAAAGAAGAUAUCGUAAGCGGCUGACUUACUAGGUUACUACUACAUGUUCGUAGCGUAUUAACAGGUAGACCAGAGUUACAGCUGGUGCCCGCCAGCCAAGUUCUGCCAUUGGUGGACCUCACUCACACGUGCAACAGUUCAAGUAUUUUGAUAAUUUUUGUCGUAUGCCCGAGCUAAAUUCUAGCACUUCGAGUGCAUUCACGUAUUUGCAAGUUUAAAUACUGUAAGUAUCUGGGGGGAUAUAUAAAGAUAUUUAAGUUGCUGCGCUAAAAUUCAUAUUAUUCUCCAGUUUUAUAGUGAAGGCAACCAGGCAGGUUGGGGGUUGGUUGCAUCUCGAGCCUCAAAACCCGAUUAGUAAUUUACAACAACCAGUGCUUCCCGGAGCUCUUGUGUGUAGGUAGGCCAUUCCUUGUGUUCUCCUGUGUACAUUGGCCAAAAAAAACAUUUUAUUUAUCUGGUGAUUCCAAAAAGUGCAUUUUAGUAAGAGCAAGUGAUAUUGAGAGGAUCUGUUAGUGGGUUAACAGAAGAGCACGACCCGGCGUGUCAUCCAAAUACCAAAGAUGUCUACAGUAUUAUUCACCAGGGGUGCCAGUUAUAUAAAGAAUUGCUGCAGCAAUGGAAUGCGCUUGAGCCACGCCCAAGCAGCAUGUAGAGAUAUACUUGAGGGUGAACUGGAAAGCAUAAGAACAGCAGGCACAUGGAAGACGGAGCGUAUCAUUACCAGCAAACAAGCCGUGAAGAUCGCCGUUCAAGGGAAGGAGUCUGGUUUGCUUAACUUCUGCUCAAAUAAUUACCUCGGUCUUUCAAGUCAUCCAGAAGUGAUUAAAGCAGGAAAGGAAGCACUAGAAAAGUAUGGAGCAGGGCUCUCCUCUGUUCGAUUCAUUUGUGGUACCCAAGACAUUCACUUGGAACUGGAAGAGAAAAUAGCAAGAUUUCAUGGUCGUGAUGACGCAAUUUUGUAUGCCUCUUGUUUUGAUGCCAAUGCAGGACUUUUUGAAAUAUUACUUACACCUGCUGAUGCUGUACUGUCAGAUGAAUUAAAUCAUGCAUCAAUAAUUGAUGGAAUUCGCCUGUGCAGAGCUCGAAAGUUCAGAUAUCAGCACAAGAAUAUGCAAGAUCUCGAGGCCAAGUUGCAAGAGUGUCAAGAUGCUCGCAUAAAACUAAUAGUAACAGAUGGGGUAUUCAGUAUGGAUGGGAAUGUGGCCCCCUUAACAGACAUUUGUGAUAUUGCUGACAGAUAUAAAGCUUUGGUAUUUGCUGAUGAAUGCCAUGCUACUGGAUUUUUUGGCACUACUGGAAGAGGAACUGAGGAAUAUUUUGGGUUACUUCCUGGCCGAGUGGACAUUAUCAACAGUACGUUGGGCAAAGCACUGGGAGGUGCUGCUGGAGGCUAUACUACAGGACCCAGAGAGCUUAUCACACUUCUCAGGCAAAGGGCAAGACCAUAUCUCUUCUCAAAUUCUGUGCCACCAGCUGUUGUGGCAUGUGCUAGCAAGGUAUUUGACCUGCUUCAUGGAAGCUCAGGGUUUGCAGAACAAGUUCAAGCCAACACUGACAGAUUUAGAUCUCAAAUGACUGAUGCUGGUUUUACUUUGUCUGGUGACAACCACCCCAUUUGUCCUGUUAUGCUGGGUGAUGCUCGUCUAGCUUCUAAUUUUGCAGACCAAAUGUUAGAGAAAGGAAUAUACGUGAUUGGCUUCAGCUACCCUGUAGUACCAAAGGGCAAAGCAAGGAUCAGAGUGCAGAUCUCGGCUUCCCAUACUUUUGAUGACAUAGACCGUACUGUUGAGGCUUUCAAGCAGGUUGGCAAGAAUCUAGGAGUCCUUGUUUAGGGGUUUUAUGGCCUACAAAGAAUAUAGGUUCCAGUACCAUAGCUGAAAACAUUAACAGCCUAUACUUGGAGAAGAAACUUGAGUAGUUUGUCUUGGACCUAGACAACCAUACCAUUCAAGGAAGGGAGGGUGCCUUAAUGCUGGUGAGGGGCUCUUGAUCCAGGAAUUUGGACCUGUUCUCCCCUUGCACCAAGCCUUAUUGCCUCCCAUUCCCUAGAUAGGGUGACCCCCAUGUGGGUUUAGUGCCUUCCCCUAAAUAUAGUCAUAACUAAGCAAGAAAAUCGGGAGAAAAGGGAGGAGGAAGAAAGAUCAGGUGAGAAAAUGUUGGAAAAUAGGUCAGGAGGUUGGUAGUAAAUCUAGAUAAAUUACACUGCAAAAGGGUGGUCCUAGUACCUAUGUCCCUCAAUGAAUUCACAAAGGAAAAUAUAAGAGCACUGAAGUAGACCUACUGAUCAAAGAAUCAAGAACAUUAGAUAGGGAAGGUGAAAGUUUUACAUUACCUUUUAUCAUCAUCCUAACCUAGCAUGGGCCAGUAUACUUAUUGCAGUGCUUUUUAUUCCUUUGAGAGCCCCUUGAGGAUUGUGGUGGAGUUAGCUAUUGUACUCCAUCCACUUCAGAUGUAAUUUAUUUUUUACUACCACCCUUCUGCUUUCUUGUGUAUCACUUGACACUAACUUUGCCCUAUUUUUAGGCCUGUCUACCUUUUCUCAUUCCCUUCUAGUUUCUCAUUCUUGGAUGUAUAUGGUGAAAACACACUAAACCAUGGGGGGUAUACACUGAGGAAACAAGGGAAUUGAGCAUGAUCCAAAGAAUGAAAGGUCUAGUACAAUUCAUCAGAUCAAGGAACCUUCCUUGAUGGGUGAUUAAUGGUCCAGCACAUCUGAAACUUUGAAAGUCUUCUAGCUAUGAGUUUUUUUUCUUGACUACUGCAAGCAGGAAGAGUCCAUUAUCAGUAACCACAUACCAUAAAAGAGGAACCUUUAUUUGUAAAACUGGUAACUAGUUAUAAAUAAAAAAAAUAAUAGUG